CAGUACAGUGCCGCGUCCCCUGCUGUACAUAUGUGUAGAGCCGUCGAGUUUGAGAUCUAGAAUUAAUUAUUAUCUUAACAUCGUGUGAAAUCUGGACAGUAAACAUCAUCACCGGAGAACAUGACAGAAUUCGUCAGUGACAGCAUAUAAUCCAGGGCAAAACGAUGCUGAUACUACACAUUUCUGAAUAACUGGAUUUGAGACUAAUAUCUCCAUUCGCACUCGUCAUUUCGAGGUCGUCUCACCAACUAUUAAGCUCCACUUUCCGUCUUCCACUGUAUUCAGACGAUUUUGAGACCCCGGGGUGGAACAUGGGUCGAAUCCUCAGGACAAUCCGAGUUAGGAAUCAAGUGGCUCGGGAAUUCCUAGCGGAGUUCUUAGGAACCAUGAUCCUCAUCCUCUUUGGCGAUGGCGUUGUAGCUCAAGUCACGUUGAGUGAAGGUCUGGGGAUGCCUAAGGGCAAUUUCUUCACCAUCAACUGGGGUUGGGGUUUGGGGGUUACCAUGGCUGUGCUCAUUGCGGGGGGCGUGUCCGGAGCCCAUAUCAAUCCUGCCGUCACUUUGGCCAUGGCUGUUAUCGGGAAGUUGCCAUGGAUCAAAAUGUUCCAUUAUAUGCUCGCUCAAUAUCUCGGAGCCUUUGUAGGCGCAGCCUUGGUCCAUGCUAAUUAUUACGAAGCCCUGGUUGCAUUCGAGACAGCUCAAGGCGAAAGUCUUAUCCCAGGCACAGCCGGGAUCUUUGCAACCUACCCGGCCGAUUACCUUAGUAAUGGGGGAGGAUUUCUAGACCAGAUCAUCGGCACUGCACUUCUACUCAUGGUGGUUUGUGCUGUGGGUGACCAACGAAACAUGAAGAUCUCGAGCCAAAUGGCUCCUCUCUACGUCGGGUUCACGGUUCUAGCCAUUGGCGUGUGUUUCGGUGUCAAUUGUGGAUAUGCCAUCAAUCCUGCCCGAGAUUUGGGACCGAGGCUGUGGACAUUGAUCGUCCAUUGGGGAACGGGAACGUUUAGUUACGGAAACUAUUGGUUCUAUGUUCCCAUUCUGGCCCCUUAUUUGGGCGGCAUCAUUGGGGCUGGACUUUAUUUCGUGUGUAUUGAAAAUAAUUGGCCAGAGAAAUUUGGAUAGACUUCAGAGUAAUAAGCUCAAAUUCGUCUUGCCAUUGAAGGAAAUCUUACACAAUGCAUUCAAUUUUUCUUCGACUGGACCAAUAAAUCUUAUUGAAUUGA